CGAGAAAUGAAGGGACCUGGGACUUUCUGCCCCUUAAGCGCCUGGGCAAGUUUCUAGGUGCUUGAGGACUGGCCAAAUGUGAGCGGCGGAGGUGGACUUCUACCUGGAGGCUGGGGAUGGAUGGACUGGAUGAUAGGGUGAUGAGGUACUUUAAGUUCUUCAUCCUUACCUCUUUGGCUCUCUCCCGGCAAGGGAGGUGUACAGCCUUGGGCUCCGGCAGUCUCCUUUCUGCCCUUGAUCUUCUGGUAGCUGCUUUGCCAGCAGAGCUGCUAAUGGCUGGUCUAGGUUGGCAGAGGUCCCUGGGGAGAGUUUUGAGAGGCCUUGGAGUAGGAGAGGCUUGCUAACUAGAGUAUCAUUUCCCCAAACUGUAUGUGGCUGAAAGCUUGACGGCGACACAUUAGCAAAGGAACUGGGUGAAAGAAAGCAGGCAGCACAAGGAGGGAUUUUAGCAUGGUCUUGAGCACUUGUUGGCUUUCCUUCUGGAUGUGGUGACCAACAUUUGGCCAUCUUCAUGGAAAAGCUGCCUGCAGCUGGAACCCGCAAAGGAGAAGUUCUUUGCCUGGCUGUGCAGCAUCAAUGCGGAGUGUUAGUGGAGCCAUUGAGCCAGGCAGACAAAGCCUCUGUCACUUCGCACCUCUGGAAGUGUUGACAGCAGGUCUGGAGUAGUUGGCCUGGCCUGGCUGCAGCUCCAUGGGGCCUGGCUUGCUCUGAAGAUGAUGGUAUGGGGCUUCCCUCUGUAGGAAUAAUGACACCUGCAUGGGUGGUUGCUGGGAGACUCUGACAUCUCAGCUCCAUCCUUAGCUCAGCCUGAGUCUUCUAAGGUUCUCCUAGCUCUCAGCUGGGUCAAGAAGUUCUUUAAGAGAUGAGGCUUGUUUUUUCUCCCUUACACUAGCUGGACCACUCUUCAAAUGGUCUCAAAAUCAAUCUCAGCUCUUGACAAUGUCAUGGGCAGACAACAUGUAGCCUUUGGAUUAACAGGGAGAUACCCUUUCUCCUCUAAAUCUGCUCAUUGGCCUCCAUGAUUCUUCCACCAGCCGAGAUGCCGCGCCAGUUUCCCAAGCUGAACAUCUCUGAAGUGGACGAGCAAGUCCGGCUCCUGGCUGAGAAGGUGUUUGCUAAAGUGCUCCGAGAAGAGGACAGCAAAGAUGCCCUGUCCCUGUUCACUGUCCCAGAGGACUGCCCCAUUGGGCAAAAGGAAGCCAAGGAGAGAGAGCUACAGAAGGAGCUGGCGGAGCAGAAGUCUGUGGAGACCGCAAAAAGAAAGAAAAGUUUCAAGAUGAUUCGGUCCCAGUCCCUGUCUCUGCAAAUGCCGACACAGCAAGAUUGGAAGGGCCCCCCGACAACCAGUCCGGCCAUGUCUCCCACAACCCCUGUGCUCACUGGAGCCACUUACCAGCCCACGCCAACACCCUAUGCCAUGCCCGAGUUCCAGCGGGUCACCAUCAGCGGAGAUUACUGUGCCGGGAUCACUUUGGAGGACUAUGAGCAGGCAGCCAAGAGCCUGGCCAAGGCCCUGAUGAUCCGGGAGAAGUAUGCACGGCUCGCCUACCACCGCUUCCCACGGAUCACAUCUCAGUACCUGGGCCAUCAGCGUGCCGAUACUGCAUCUCCAGAAGAGGGCCUUCCAGACUUCCACCCUCCCCCACUGCCCCAGGAAGACCCUUACUGCCUGGAUGAUGCGCCCCCCAACCUGGAUUACUUGGUCCGCAUGCAGGGAGGCAUCCUCUUUGUGUAUGAUAACAAGAAGAUGCUGGAGCGCCAGGAGCCGCACAGCCUGCCCUACCCCGACCUGGAGACCUACACAGUGGACAUGAGCCACAUCCUGGCUCUCAUCACUGAUGGUCCCACGAAAACCUAUUGUCACCGACGACUGAACUUUCUGGAAUCCAAGUUCAGCCUUCAUGAGAUGUUAAACGAAAUGUCCGAGUUCAAAGAGUUGAAGAGUAACCCCCACCGCGACUUCUAUAACGUGAGAAAGGUGGAUACGCACAUCCACGCGGCCGCCUGCAUGAACCAAAAGCAUCUGCUGCGCUUCAUCAAGCACACGUACCAGACAGAGCCCGACAGGAUUGUGGCCGAGAAGCGGGGCCGCAAGAUCACCCUGCGGCAGGUGUUUGACAGCCUGCACAUGGACCCCUACGACCUCACUGUGGACUCGCUGGAUGUCCACGCGGGCCGGCAGACAUUCCAUCGCUUUGACAAGUUCAACUCCAAAUACAACCCCGUGGGGGCCAGUGAGCUGCGUGACCUGUAUUUGAAAACUGAAAACUAUCUGGGAGGAGAAUACUUUGCUCGGAUGGUGAAGGAGGUUGCCCGGGAGCUGGAGGAGAGCAAGUACCAGUACUCAGAGCCACGGCUCUCCAUCUACGGCCGUAGUCUCGAGGAAUGGCCCAACCUGGCCCACUGGUUCAUCCAGCACAAGGUCUACUCCCCCAACAUGCGCUGGAUCAUCCAGGUGCCCCGGAUCUAUGACAUAUUUAGGUCAAAGAAGCUGCUGCCAAACUUUGGUAAGAUGCUGGAGAACAUCUUCCUGCCCCUUUUCAAGGCCACAAUCAACCCCCAAGAUCAUCGAGAGCUUCACCUCUUUCUUAAAUAUGUGACAGGGUUUGACAGCGUGGAUGAUGAGUCCAAGCAUAGUGACCACAUGUUUUCUGACAAGAGCCCCAGCCCAGACGUCUGGACCAGUGAGCAGAACCCGCCUUACAGCUACUACCUGUACUACAUGUAUGCCAAUAUCAUGGUGCUCAACAACCUCCGCAGGGAGCGCGGCCUGAGCACAUUCCUGUUCCGGCCGCACUGUGGGGAGGCCGGCUCCAUCACCCACCUGGUGUCUGCCUUCCUUACUGCUGACAACAUUUCCCACGGGCUGCUCCUCAAGAAGAGUCCGGUAUUGCAGUAUCUCUACUACCUUGCUCAGAUCCCCAUUGCCAUGUCUCCUCUUAGCAACAACAGUUUGUUUCUCGAAUAUUCCAAGAACCCUCUGAGGGAAUUCCUGCACAAGGGACUGCACGUUUCCCUUUCCACCGAUGACCCCAUGCAGUUCCACUACACGAAGGAAGCACUUAUGGAAGAAUACGCCAUUGCAGCUCAAGUGUGGAAGCUGAGCACGUGCGACCUGUGUGAGAUCGCCAGGAACAGCGUGCUGCAGAGUGGCCUCUCGCAUCAGGAAAAGCAAAAGUUUCUGGGACAAAAUUAUUAUAAAGAAGGACCUGAAGGAAAUGAUAUUCGAAAGACAAAUGUUGCUCAGAUCCGGAUGGCAUUCCGAUAUGAGACCUUAUGCAAUGAGCUCAGCUACCUGUCUGAUGCCAUGAAAUCAGAAGAGAUCACUGCCUUGACCAAAUAGCUCCAGCAUUUGACAUGCAUUUUAACUUUUUGGUUUAAUUUCAAGUCUGCUGUGGCUAACAGUGGUCAAGAUUCCAAACUAGGACUUUCCUCUUUGAAGAGGAUGCCUCUGAAGAAAUUUCAAACUGAUGAUUUUGGUUGCACUGCUCACUUUAAGAAUUAACAUGCUCACGUUUGUUAGUAUUUCUGAGUAACAAGAUGGCGACUUCUCCUUUGGGGAUCUGGGAGCUGGGCAAUUGUCUAUACUUGUUCUUAAUUUUUCAAGUAUUUCUCUUGAAACUGCCAGUGCUUGAACUGUUGGGGCCAGGAUUUUCCAUGGUCAGAUGCCAAGUGACAUGAGGUCUGUGUGGUUUUCUGCCAUACUUUUCUCCAUUGGCCCAAAUAGGCUAAUUGAUGAUAGUUUUUCAUUUCAGCCUCUGGAUGGCUGGCCGCCUUAAACACAAUCAAUUUCAAAGCUCCAUUUCAUAAACAGGCUACUUUGUGGAAGUUAAAAUGGAAGACUUCCUUCUUGACAAUUUGUGUUUUUAGUGAAGUUCUUAAACCGUUUUAUUUAGCCCUCCUCCCCGCUUUCUAGUUGGAAGCCAAAUGUACUCAUUAAAACAGCCACUCCUAUUCUGAGUCUUGGUUUCUUCACCUACAAAGUGAGGGUUUGGACUAGAUGAGUGGCUUUCAGGGUGUUCUGUGAAUCCCCUCAUGAAUACUUUAGAGUGGGGGAGGAAAGGGAGUGACAUUCAGGGGCUGUCAAAGGGACUCUGCAUUCAUUAGUUUUACACUGCAACUGCUACAUAACAUUUUCACUUGAAUGAAGAACUCCGAAAAACACAGGACUAGAUGGAUGAUCUCUGUUCCUUUUGGCUCUAAUACUCUAUGACUGCAGGCCAAUUAUCACUUCACCAAUUAAGAGGUGGGAGAAGUGAAAUUUACUUAAGGUUGCACAGCUAAUAAGUAAUAAUAGGCCUACUACUGGGUUUCCUUAUUCCAAAUCCUGUCCUUUCCCCACUAUUCCAUUAGACCUCACAAAUGUUAGUUGUGUGUGUGUUCUUUCAUCAACAUAAUCUGGUGCAUUUUUUUUAAGGCAAAAUUUUCCCCUUACCUACUAUGAUGACUUUAGAAGAUACAAUGGUCCCAGGGGCCAAGUAGAAAGCAUUUUAAAAGAUCAAUCUGAAUUAAGCUUUACCAAUGUACUCUUAUUCUGUGUUACUAGUGCCUGGUAUGUAGCAGGUGCUCAAUGAAUACAUAUUCAAUAA